UUUUAAAGAUAGUCACGACUGGUUGUGUCCAAAAAGAACGGACGUCUUUGCCAUCCCAUCUCGUAUCUAACGGUCGCUAAGUUAGCUUAACUUCACGCUAGCUUGCUAAUAGUUGAAGCUAUUUAGCUAACAUUAGCCGAUCGAGCAUAAACAAGAGGCCGUUUAUUGGUACAAAGCUUUCGUAAACCAGAUAAAGCCAGCAAGAUUUUGAAGAUUAAACUCAGAAAACGCAGGAGGUGCAAGAAGACACUGAGUGAGAGCUUGUGACCCGACUGAUGUGAGGAUGAUGUCAACAGAGAUGAUGGGGAUAUAAAGUAACCUAUGUGAAUUCUCACCUGGGUUUCACAGUGCAGAUGUUGAGGUCAUGUAAGAGGGGGACUUUUAGUGUAGGUCUGUUAAAUCAGCUUUUCCUCCAAAAGUGACAAUAUGGAAUCUGAAAAAAUAACCGACCUGUAUGAAGACAACCGGGAUCAAAGUCGGCAGUCACUCCGGAGUACAAAGAAAGAUUCCCGAGCAUCAUCCCUCCAAAAACACAAAAAUAAGUUCGAGGGUGACAAAGACGUCUCUGCUGAGAGUAGAUCGAAAACCCGAACGUGGCGUUCAGAUCCAGAUCGGGACCAGAUAUCAGAUGGAGAGGGACGGAGAAGUAGUGAGUCGUUUUACUCAGAGGACUAUGAAAACGAUUCUCCUUCAGAGGGUUCGCUCACACCGUACUCCCAGUCCCGGACUCCAUCCCCUACUCUUCAUAGAGGGGUGCGGGCAAAGAGGUUUUCAAACAGCCCCCUCUACAAGACAGGUGGUGUGGGGCGGCGGGGUGUGUCUCGCCCGCAGCGUCCAGGUGGCCAACCCCUGACCCAGCACCAUCGCAGGGGAGUACGUUCACAAAGCAAGGAGUCCACACCCCCCAAAGAUCUGGACCUGGUGACCAAGAGGAUGCUCUCGGCCCGCCUGCUAAAGAUCAAUGAAUUGCGUAACUCACUUGCUGAGCUGCAACAGCGCACUGAUGAGCUGCAGAAGGAAAAUCGGGUUCUCAGACAGCUUCAAGUGCGCCAAGAGAAAGCCCUGCAGCGCUACGACGACACAGAAAGCGAGAUUUCCCAGCUUCUGUCGCGCCACAACAACGAGACCCACGUGCUGCGCGAACGGCUCAGGCGCACUCAGGAGCGGGAACGUGCAGCAGAGCGGCGGAUGAAGGACAGCGAGGAGCAGCUGCAAAGGAGUCGGGCGACCAUCGCGCGGCUCAAGAAGCUGGUCGACCAGCGAGAGUUAGGAGCCAGAGAUGAGCUGAGCCGCAGGCUAGAGGAAGAGAAGACACGGGCGCAAGAGGCAGAACGCAAGAUUAAGGAGCUGGAGCGCAGCAUAGAGCUGAGCAACAGCAGUUACCAGAGGCAGCUGGCCGCAGAGAGGAAGAAGACAAUCAGCGCCCAGGAGGAGAUCAGGACUCUGCAGGAGGAGCUGGAACGACUGACUAAUAAACUCAAGGAGAAAGAAAGAGAACUAGACGCUAUGAACAUCUAUGCUAACCGCAUGAUAAAACCCCCCGUAAGAAAAGAUGCUGACAGCGUCACGAAGCGGAAAGUCCCCAGCAGGAGCAGCGCCAAGGCAGUGCAGACUAAAGACAGAGCGUCCAGUCUGGAUUUCCCCACACCUCCUCCUGCCAUCUCUGACAACAAUGAGUACAGUGAACAGGCACCUGAUGAAUACCUAUCACUCAAGGAGCUUGAUGGAGUGGACAGACAGGCAAAGACAGAAGACAGACCUCAAAAGGGGGAGCAACAGAAGAUGAGAGAUGGAGAGAAAGAAAAGGAGUUGGUGAAGGAGAAAGAGAAAGAGGAGAAGCCGAAACUCAGCCAGGAGCUAAAUGUGCUUGAAGAGAAAGCAAAGGCACUGAGAGAUGGCUGGGAGAAAAAGAAAGAGGAAGAAGACAGAAAAAAGACAAGUUUACUGGUAAAUCAGGAGGAAGAGAACAACAGGAAGCGUGGCCAUGUCCAGGAAGAGGUGGAUAGGUGGAACCAGGAGGCUCUGGCCAAUCAGCACGCAUUAGCAGAGGCACGACGCAAAAAAGACCAGCUGCUAGCUAAGAUGCGUGAAAUAGACCGCCAAGACCACGGACCCCAGGACAACAUAUUCGCAGAGUCUAGUCCAUCUGAGGCCAAUAAGACCGCCAAUAACCAUUCCUCUCCUCGUCUUCCCGAGCAGAGGACCCAUAACUCUGCGAUUUUUAACCUCACAGAAUCAGAGGAGUCGGCCAGUUUUCGCGCUGGUUCUGGGUGUGGCGACGGUGGAAGGAGAAGAUCGGGCCUGGAGGGCGGAGCUGUAACAACAGGAAUGGGGAGGAGAGCACUACGGACUCAAAUCUCCAGCGACGACUUGGCAUUCGGAAGCUACGCGCCUUCUUUCGGACAUUCAACCUCUCGAGGUUCCUCGGGUUUCCCUCCACCUCCACCCAAAGAGGACAGGGACUCUGCGCUAGAAGCAAUCGGUAUUUUUAGUCUCAGAGGGAUGGAGACAGAGAAAGACAAAGACACGGAAAGAGGAGCGGGUAAAGAGAGGAAGUCCAGCCUCAUGCAGCAGCUAUUUGGUGCCGUGGCAACACCUGCGGGUGACAGCGUCAGCACCUCCAAUAAAAUGGAGGUCCUCAGCAGCCCUCCAACUACCAAUGGAGUGCGUUCAAGAAGGGACGGACUGCUCAGCUUCAACUCAGGGUCCUCCACUCCUCCAGCGUCCUCCCUGAACGCCCUAAACGUAGCAGAUAACCGGCCUGCCAUCCGUGCCAUCGCUUCAUUCGAUGACGACAUCGAGGAACUCACUUUAUGAAAUUAAUUCAGAUUUUAGGUAGUCAUUCUCAUAGCAGGCCAUCACUGAUGUCCAUCAGUCACAAAAUAACACACUGAGGUGAUCUCCAAAAUAAAAGAUUGAUUGAUAAACUCGAUUUUUAAUCUCAAGU